AUGUCGGAUGAUAUAUGGGAAGAGAGUUCAGUCAAAGGAUUUCAAUUUGAUUUAGAGGAAGAUAAUACUUCAACAUACUGUCAGAGUCUUGGUGAUAGCCUUGGUGAAACAUUUUGUGAUGAUUCAAUAACAAUAGACUUUAAUAACCAGUUUUGUACAAUAUGCCAUAGCUUGAUCGGUAAUGAGGUUCACUAUGAAAAAGAUGCUACGUUCUGUUCUGAGUCAUGUUGGUUGAAAGCAAUUACAAUAGCUCUUGAUGAUUUUGUCGUUGGAGGAAUGAGUAAUUGGCCGUUGAGUACUUUUGUUUCGCAAGCUUCUAAAUCAGUUAUUUUAAAUCUGACUACAAGCACUUGUGACGGCAAUUUAAUUACAAAAGUUGUUAAUAAAUUUAGGAAUACAUUAUCAGAAAGCGCUUUUGAAAAACUUUUGUUGAAAAAUUCAGUGGCUGCGUUUCACUUCCUUAAUUUUCUUAGAAAAACUGGGCAAUUAGUAGAUUUAAAGAAAUAUAUGAAAUUACUCGGUUUCAUCAGGGAGAGUGAAGUUUCUAACUAUAAUCAAUUGAUGCAAAAGUUGAUGAAUUUGUCCUCGGGUCAUGUAGAUGAAGUCAAUAAAUAUUUGAUGCAGAUUGCAGAAUCUGAAGUAGCUUCAAAUCUUUCUGUCAAAAAUAUUUUUGAAAUUUCUUCAGAAUUGGCUGUUAUCUUGGAUUAUCAAAAUAGCUAUGAACGAGAGUGGAGUUCAUACUACAGUGAGCUUCUCAAACAUACAAACGCUCAAAAAAUAGCUACUGCACUUCCUGAGAGUUUACUGAUGCAGCCAUUAUGCGAAACUCUUAGUGCGCUGGUGAGGUUGGAUCAAGGAGUCAAAACUAAUAGUCGAGCUGAAACUCUUGGGAAAAAGUUCAAAAUAGCCGACGAACAGUUUAAGUGGCUGGUAAUAGAGCCACUUGUUCAGUCGCAAAACUGGGAAGAUUUGGAAUUUAUCGUGUUAAGAAAGAAGUCAUUAUUGCGUCGCAUGGAGGUUGUCAUCCCAACAGAUCGUCUGAUUCUUCAUCUCAGUUCAUUAAGUGUCCCAAAAAACAUUAUUGAAAGUUACUUGAAACAUAUAAGUGACGAAGAAGAGUUUAUACAGAUUGUUGUCCGGUUAAAUAUGAUUGAUGAAGCUAUUAAACUCUGCUUGGAAAAGCGAAAUAUCAAUGCUUUGAAGGAAUUAAUGUCUCAAAUACCUGGCAAUCAUCCUAAAAAGAAUGAAAUAUCUCACUAUCUGUCGGUUCCUGUAAGACAUUUCCAUUAUUCUUAUAUAUAA